AUGGCGGAGGCAUAUCCAUUCAGUGAUGAUGACGAAGGGGAUGUUCUAUUGGACCGCGCCUAUGAUCGGUGGGAACAGUUGGGAGGGGCUGCUGUCCGUGGCCCUCUCUUUCAGUUUACUAUGCAACCUAUUGGUCGACGACGCCGCUGGCGUGAUGUAGUGGAGCGGGCGCAAUUCAAUGCGCAAUUACGGCAAUUGCGGGAUCCUGUGCCUGGAGACAAUAUUGGGUUGGCGUUGACCGAAGCACUCCAUCAAGCCAUUGAAACAGAACUGGGCCGCGAGCAGCGACCUGCCCACCAUUUUGUGAAUUUUGCUAUUACAGCGCAUGGGUUCACCCACGCUUACCAAACAGCCAAUUUUACCGUGGGGGAAUUUUUACAACGUACCGCCCGUUUGGAUGAAAUGUUGGCCACGUUAGCCGGCAAGUUGAACAGUAAUGAAGCCUUCAACCCCGAUCGUGGGUUCCAAGUCGAUGUGGUGUUUGUGUCUAUGCCUGGCCCAGGAACAGGCCAUCGUAAACAACGCAAUGCCGGACGUCUAUGCUUGGAUCGAGAGAACAAGAAAAAGAAAUGCAUUAUCACUAUUCGAAACAGAGAUGCUUUAUGUUGUGCCCGCGCGAUCGUUACCAUGCGAGCCCAUUGCCAUAAAGAUCAAGGCGUGGAUGGGUUUCGUGACUGGGACAAUCUCAAACGGGGGCGUCCUGUGCAGUUACGUCAAGCCCAGGCCCUUCAUCAGCAAGCAGGGGUGGCGGAGGGACCCUGUGGUUUACCCGAGUUGCGUCAAUUUCAACAGGCGUUGGGGUCUCAGUAUCAGCUCUUGGUGAUGACCCGGAUGAAACCCUUUUUUCUCAUCUUCAAAGGCCCUGAUGCCCCUCAUCCAAUCCGUUUAUUGAAAUCCAACGAUCAUUUUGAUGGUUGUACGUCUUUUCCGGCGUUUGUCAAUCGCUCUUAUUAUUGUGUGGACUGUGAACGAGGAUUCAAUACCAACGAUCAGGCCCAUCACAGUUGUCAAGGGAAACGCUGCAAAGCGUGUGGUCGAUUUGACUGUCCUGAUUAUGUGCGUGGCACUCGCCCUACGGACUAUUGCCCCUUCUGUCAUCGCAAGUUUUACGGUGAGCAAUGUAAACAUCAUCAUGUG